AUGUUUAGGGUUAAGAACAGGUUGAGGUUGGAACUUAUUGCGAAUAAGCGCAGUUACACGAAUAACAGCAGGGGGAUGCUUAAGGAGUAUGUGUACACAAAAUAUAGAAUAAGCUUACCAUAUAUGAAUAAUGUAAAGUAUGAUGAUAUGUAUUUGUCGAGUCCUAGUAAAGAUGAUUUAUACAUUUUUACAAAAAGUAUUCCAAUAUUUUUAAGAUAUUUAAAAUUAAUAACAUCAAUAGAAAACCGAAAUAAUGAUUUUAUUGAAUUUGCAAAAAGAUGUGAAAAUGGUUUGAGAGUAGAAAAAGACGUAUAUUUAACUAAAGAAGAAUUACUAGAAUUAAUGUUUAUAAAUGGGUAUGCACAAAAAGAAAUGAAUGCUUUGGAUUUAGCAUUUAGUAGUAAUUAUGAAUUUCAUUAUGCAGAAAUAUCUGUAUUAUUCAAUUUAGAGGAAGAGGAUGUAUAUAAAUUUUGUCUAAAAAAAAGAAGUGAACACCCAGAGAAACUUAUUCAUUUGAAAUAUUUUAAAGAAAAAAAUUUAUUAUCAUCUUAUGGGUUACUAUUUGUUUUUUUAUUUUUUGGUUUAAACAAUUUUGUAUUGAGUAAUGCAUGGUUUUUAUCUAAGACUAUUCCUUUUUUUUCUGUUUUUUAUAUGCUUGCUUCCUAUUUUUAUAAAGAUAUUUGGAGCUUUUUAAAUAAGGAUAAGAACUUAAUGAUAGAAAAAAAUUUGCAAAACAAAUUAUCAGCAGAGGACAUCAUUUAUAAUCAAUUAAAACUUUAUUCUAAAGAUACGAAUUGUAGUAUGAACUUAAAAAAUUUUAAAGAGUACUGUGAUAUGUUGAUAAAAAAUUAUAGAAAAGCAUACAUACAUGAACAGAAGAUAAAGGUACAGGAAAAUUUAGAAAAAAAAUUAAAUGAAAUAUACAAUGCGGAAUUGAAUUAUAAAAAUUCUUUACAAAAUAUAUUAGUAGAAGAAAUUAUAAAAAAAACUUAUAAUGAUGUAAAAACAAAUGACAAUUUUUAUUAUGCUAUUCUGAACGAUAGUAUUAACAAUAUAAGAAAUAAUAGUGAGAAUGACACACUUAUUAAACAUGUAAAAACUCAGUUAAGUUCCAUUAAAAAUUUAAAUAAACAAGAUCCACUAGUUAAAAAUAUACUAGAUCAAUAUGAACUAAAAAAAGACGAAUACAUAAAGCAAUAUGUUGUACAUAAGGAAGAAGUACACAAUAUAAAAUCUAUAUUAUCAAAAUGUUCCUCAGAUGAAAUACACAAAUUAAAUAAAAACGAUUAUGCAGAGCUCUUACGUUUAUAUCAUUCUAUAAAUAACAGAUUCGGGUUUUAUGUUAACGAUGAAGAUAUAUUACCCAUUGUAUCGAAAGACAGCGAUGCGAAAAGUUUAGCGGAUACUGUGAAUGCCGCUAUUUUAGAUGCCAACAAAUCAUUCCAUGAAAAGAAGCUCGCUGCUUUUCUAAGGGUAUUCCAGUAA